GUCACCCUCGCGCGGACGGGAGCGCGCAGACGGGGAGCGCGUGAGCCGGCGCCGCGCUCCGGGUGGUGGGGGAGGAGCCGCCGGAGGAGGAGGAGGAGGAGCCGCGGAGCAGCCGCCAGAGGACCACUGUUCGCCCGGGCUGCGGAGGACAGACGCCGGCCGCCCGCCUGUCGCCCCGAGCCCUCAACCGCCAGCAUGAUCGCCGCGCAGCUCCUAGCUUAUUACUUCACCGAACUGAAGGAUGACCAAGUCAAAAAGAUUGACAAGUAUCUCUAUGCCAUGCGGCUCUCUGAUGAAACUCUGUUAGAUAUCAUGAAUCGUUUCAAAAAGGAGAUGAAGAAUGGCCUUUCCCGGGAUUUUAAUCCGACAGCCACAGUCAAGAUGUUGCCAACGUUUGUAAGGUCUAUUCCCGAUGGCUCAGAAAAGGGAGAUUUCAUCGCCCUGGAUCUUGGCGGAUCUUUCUUUCGAAUUCUGCGGGUGCAGGUGAAUCACGAGCAGAACCAGGCUGUUCAUAUGGAGUCUGAGGUUUACGACACCCCGGAGAACAUCAUGCAUGGCAGUGGAAGCCAGCUUUUUGAUCACGUCGCUGAGUGCCUGGGAGACUUCAUGGAGAAAAAAAAAAUCAAGGACAAGAAAUUACCUGUGGGAUUCACGUUUUCUUUCCCUUGUCGGCAAUCCAGAAUAGACGAGGCCAUCCUGAUCACCUGGACAAAGAGAUUUAAAGCGAGCGGCGUGGAGGGAACUGAUGUGGUGAAGCUGCUUGACAAAGCCAUCAAAAAGCGUGGGGACUACGAUGCCAACAUUGUGGCUGUGGUGAACGACACGGUGGGGACCAUGAUGACCUGUGGCUACGACGACCAGCAGUGUGAAGUCGGCCUCAUCAUUGGUACCGGCACCAACGCCUGCUACAUGGAGGAGCUGAGACACAUCGACCUGGUGGAGGGCGACGAGGGAAGGAUGUGCGUCAACACCGAGUGGGGGGCCUUUGGGGACGACGGGGCCCUGGAGGACAUCCGCACCGAGUUCGACCGGGAGAUAGACCGGGGGUCGCUCAACCCCGGGAAGCAGCUGUUUGAGAAGAUGGUCAGUGGCAUGUACCUGGGCGAGCUGGUCCGACUGAUCCUGGUUAAGAUGGCCAAGGAGGGCCUCUUAUUUGAAGGGCGGAUCACCCCAGAGCUGCUCACCAGAGGGAAGUUUAACACCAGUGACGUGUCGGCCAUCGAAAAGAAUAAGGAAGGCCUCCACAAUGCCAAAGAGAUCCUGACCCGCCUGGGAGUGGAGCCGUCUGAUGACGACUGUGUUGCGGUUCAGCACGUGUGCACCAUCGUCUCAUUUCGCUCUGCCAACCUGGUGGCGGCGACCCUGGGUGCCAUCUUGAGCCGCCUGCGAGAUAACAAGGGCACGCCCAGGCUGCGGACCACGGUUGGUGUCGACGGGUCCCUUUACAAGACGCACCCACAGUAUUCUCGGCGUUUCCACAAGACUCUGCGGCGCUUGGUACCCGACUGCGAUGUGCGUUUCCUCCUCUCCGAGAGCGGCAGUGGCAAGGGGGCCGCCAUGGUGACUGCCGUGGCCUACCGCCUGGCUGAGCAGCACCGGCAGAUAGAGGAGACCCUGGCCCACUUCAGUCUCACCAAGGAAAUGCUGCUGGAGGUCAAAAAGCGGAUGCGGGCUGAGAUGGAAUUGGGGCUGGGCAAGCAGACGCAUGACAAGGCUGUGGUCAAGAUGUUGCCCUCCUUCGUCCGGAGCACUCCUGAUGGGACUGAGAACGGUGACUUCUUGGCCCUGGAUCUUGGAGGAACGAAUUUCCGCGUCCUGCUGGUGAAAAUCCGUAGUGGGAAAAAGAGAUCGGUGGAAAUGCACAAUAAGAUCUACGCCAUUCCCAUUGAAAUCAUGCAGGGCACUGGGGAGGAGCUGUUUGACCACAUCGUUUCCUGCAUCUCUGACUUCCUGGACUACAUGGGCAUCAAGGGCCCUAAAAUGCCUCUGGGCUUCACAUUUUCGUUUCCCUGCAAGCAGACGAGCUUAGAUGCGGGUAUCUUAAUCACCUGGACCAAAGGUUUUAAGGCAACCGACUGCGUGGGGCAUGAUGUAGCAACCUUACUGAGGGAGGCGAUAAAAAGGAGAGAGGAAUUUGACCUGGACGUGGUGGCUGUGGUCAACGACACGGUGGGCACCAUGAUGACCUGUGCUUAUGAGGAGCCCACCUGCGAGGUUGGACUCAUCGUAGGGACUGGGAGCAAUGCCUGCUACAUGGAGGAAAUGAAAAACGUCGAGACGCUAGAAGGAAACCAGGGACAAAUGUGUAUCAACAUGGAGUGGGGUGCCUUUGGGGACAACGGGUGUCUGGAUGAUAUCAGAACAAUCUAUGACAAACUGGUGGAUGAGUUUUCUCUAAACUCUGGGAAGCAAAGGUAUGAGAAGAUGAUCAGCGGUAUGUACCUGGGUGAGAUUGUCCGCAACAUCUUGAUCGACUUCGCCAAGAGGGGCUUCCUCUUCCGGGGGCAGAUCUCUGAGCCGCUGAAGACCCGGGGCCUCUUUCAGACCAAGUAUCUCUCUCAGAUCGAGAGGACAGGAAAGGUGCAUCGCGGAUAUUUGAACUGAAGGAGCAUCGAGUCCAAAAGAGCCAAGCGCCACUGGUCUGACCUCACCCUCUUCUCUGAAAGGCAGCUGCGGAUGUAGGGCUCACCACCCACAGUGUCCCAGCGAGCUGCUUCUGUCUUCCUCCUGUUUUUCUCACAUGGAGUGGACAUUUCAUCUCUACCAUCGCCAUCUUGCACAGUGAACUGUGGGAGAGUAGGAAAGUGCUCAGCAAAAGCGCUUGUGCAGAAGCCUCCUACAUUUUAGGGUGGUCAUGAUAGCGGCACUGGGCCAGGGCCUGCUCCUCACUGUCCCCCGAGCCUGGGUCUGUAACCUGCAAGUGAAACUCAUUGCCCACCAGAACCCAUGCAGUAAAGUGCUCGCUGCUGUAGACAGCAGCCCCGAGGCCCUGACCUUGGAGGUCUUGAGCACCCAGAGUGGUGGCAUUUCACAGUCUCAGGGGAGGGAGGGGCCAUGAUACCAAGAUUCCUACUUCCUUCUCUCUUCAUUCUCAGUUCACCCAUGAGCCAAGUGUGGAAAAUAGCAGCCAGAAAAGAAGGAGAAGAAAAUAUCAGUGACUAUUUCUUGUUAAUACUUUUUUAUCAUGGUGAAGUGAAAGUUGCUCGGUCGAGUCUGACUCUUUGUGACCCCAUGGACUUCUUUACGACUUCCAUCCAUCCAUGGCAUUCUCCAGGCCAGAAUACUGGAGUGGGUAGCUGUUCCCUUCUCCAGGGGAUCUUCCCAACCCAGGGAUCAAACCCAGGUCUCCUGCAUUGCAGGCAGAUUCUUUACCAGCUGAGCCACAAGGGAAGCCCUUUUUAUUGUGGUAGAUACACAGUGUUAACUUUAUCAUUGUGACCAUUUUGGAAGUAGACAGUUCAGCAGCAUUAAAUACAUUCCCUUUGUUGUUCGACCAUCUGCACCAUCCCUCUCCAGAACUUUUUCAUCUUCCCAAACUGAAAUUCCGUACCCAUUAAAUACUAACUCUCCAUAUCCCCCUUCCCCCAGCCCCUGGCAACCACUGUUCUGCCUUCUGUGUCUAUGACUUUGACUUCUCUAGUGACUUCAUGUAAGUGGAAUCAUACAGCCUCUGUCCUUUCACAUCUGGCUUACUGCACUUAGCAUAGUAUCAUUAAGUUUUGUCCAUGUUGUAGCAUGUGUCAGAAUUUCCUUUUUUAAGGCUGAAUAUGAGUAAUUCCUUGUAUGGUGUACACCACAUUUUGCUUAUCCAUUCAUCCAUCCAUGGACACUUGGGUUGCUUCCACUUUUUGGCUGUUGUGCAUAAUGCUGCUAUGAACAUGAGUGUGCAAAUACAUGAUCACAUCCUGGCUUUUGAUUCUUUUGGGUAUGGAAGUGGAAUUGAUGGAUCACAUAAUUAUUUUAUUUACUUGGAGGAACUGCUAUACUCUUCCACAGAGGCUGUACCAUUUUACAUCCCACCAAUAGUAUAUACAAGGGCUCAAACUUUAUAUCCUCGCCAACACUAUUUAUUUUCUGUUUUUAUUUUUCUUUUAAUAAGAGCCAUCCUGAUGGGUGUGAAGUGCUGGGGAAGGUCUUUUCAAGUGUCAUAUCAUAGGGAGAAAUAAUAAAGAGAAAAUUGCAAAUUUUA